CGAAAGGGAGAGGCAUAAAACGACCGUGCUGUCUCAGCAGCGACACACUCGGGCAACAGUGACCCAGACAGCAACAUGCUCUACACCAAGGUUUUCACCGCUUCCCUGCUGGUCGGGCUGUGCCUGGCUGAUGGAGGUGGUCGCUUCAGUCACGGCCACGGACGGGUGACCUCAGGUCACGGAGCUGUGACCCGAGGUCACGGUCUCGGAUCGACUCGGCUGAGUGGACAUGGAACUGGGCACAGCUCUCCCAGCGUGUCCUCUGGCUACAACGCCCCCAGCUCCGGCUACAACGCUCCCAGCUCUGGCUACAACGCUCCUAGCGUCUCAUCCGGUUACAACGCUCCCAGCUCGAGCUAUAACGCUCCCAGUGUGUCGUCUGGUUACAAUGCUCCCACUUCUGGUUACAACGCUCCUAGUUCUGGCUACAAUGCACCCAGCGUUUCUUCGGGCUACAACGCCCCCAGCUCCGGCUACAACGCUCCCAGCACCGGCUACAACGCUCCCAGCUCUGGCUACAACGCUCCCAGCUCCGGUUACAGCGCUCCUAGCGUGUCGUCUGGCUACAACGCUCCCAGCACCGGCUACAACGCCCCCAGCUCUGGCUACAAUGCUCCCACCUCUGGCUACAAUGCCCCUACCUCUGGUUACAGCGCCCCCAGCUCUGGCUACAACGCUCCCACCACCGGCUACAAUGCCCCUACCUCUGGUUACAAGGCCCCUAGCCCUGGCUACAGCGCUCCUAGCUCUGGUUACAGCGCCCCUAGCUCUGGCUACAAAGCUCCCAGCUCCAGCUACAGCGCUCCCAGCUUUGGCCACCGCGCCCCUAGUUCCGGUUAUGGCGCACCGAAGAAGUCGUCUGGCUAUGGAAAAUAAGAUGUCGAUUAAAAUGUCGGGAUUGUUCACUAUGCCCUGUCGAGCUCAGUGACUGUUGAUGUUAUCCAGAUGUCCGAUGUUAUUUCGUUUAAAACGUAAGCUGUAUGAACUAUAAAGGCAC